AUGGUUUCUUUGCAAGGGCCAGUAAUUUGCCCUACUGUUCGCGCAAAGCAAUCGGGGUAUGACACUGUGCCAGUGGUAGGCCCUUUGGUGAAGGCUAGGCUUCUUAGAAGUGAAUUAUGUAGAUUCAGAGGGGUCAGCGGUUGCAUCACAAAGGCGGGUUUUGUUUCUCGCCCUCAAAAUGCACGAAAAUGCACAAGAGUGCAUUGCACUUUCAGUUCUUCAUCAAAUGGUAAUGGAAGUAUGGCCGAGAAUUUCAAUGAAAAUGAUGAAGAUUAUGUCAACUCCAGUGUACUUGAAGCCGUUGAGGUGAAGAGUGGAAUUGAUGGAUUCAUGAUCAAAAUGAGGGAUGGUAGGCACAUGAGGUGUGUCCAUAACAACCCUCAGGGGGGCCAUCUUCCCGAUUAUGCUCCACAUCCUGCAAUUGUGUUGAAGAUGGAAGAUGGGACUGGUCUUCUUCUCCCAAUAAUUGUUUUGGAGAUGCCCAGUGUGUUGCUCAUGGCAGCAGUGCGCAAUGUUCCAAUUGCUAGGCCAACUAUGUAUCAAGUGGUCAGGGAGAUGAUUGACAAGAUGGGUUAUGAGGUCCGGCUUGUCAGAGUCACCAAGAGAGUACAUGAGGCGUAUUUUGCUCAGUUAUACCUCAGAAAGGCUGGUAGCGAGACAGAGUGUGUCAGCUUCGACCUUCGGCCUUCAGAUGCCAUCAACAUUGCUGUAAGAUGCAAGGUUCCCAUACAAGUCAACAAGUACCUGGCAUAUAGUGAUGGAAUGAGAGUUAUCGAAUCUGGAAAGCUCUCAAGUCAUGCCCCUGCUUCAGAUGGUUUAUUAUUUACUGAGCUGGAUCGGCCGAGUGGUCAACCAUGUGUUGAAACAAAGGAGUUUAAUCUUGUGCGCAACAUGCUAAUUGCUGCAGUUGAGGAACGCUAUAGAGAUGCUGCUCAGUGGAGGGACAAACUCCUCCAACUUCGUGCUAGAAGGAACUUGGCGUAA